UCUCCUCUACGUGUAUAUUUCUUGGCUCAAGAACAAAUGGCUGUUUGUGCACUAAAAGUGUUCUUCCUCACAAUUACAUUGUUUCUCUUUGCCAUCAUUUCACCAUCAAAGGCGGCACUGGAUGCUCAUUAUUAUGAUCAAACUUGUCCACAAGCCGAGAAGAUCAUUGCAGAGACUGUUUGUAAUGCUUCCGUGCAUGACCCUAAAGUCCCUGCUCGUAUUCUUAGAAUGUUCUUCCAUGACUGCUUCAUAAGAGGUUGCGAUGCUUCCUUGCUGCUGGACUCUACUCCCGGAAACCAAGCUGAGAAAGAUGGCCCCCCUAACAUCCCUGUUCGAUCGUUCUAUGUGAUUGAUGAGGCAAAAGCUAAGCUUGAAAUGGCAUGCCCUCAGACGGUUUCCUGCGCUGAUGUUGUGGCCAUUGCUGCAAGAGAAGUAGUAAUCAUGUCUGGAGGACCUUAUUGGAAUGUACUGAAAGGAAGGAAAGAUGGGAGGACCUCAAAAGCUGCUGAUACAGUUAAUUUACCAGCUCCAACUUUCAAUGUUUCACAACUCAUACAAAGCUUUGCCAAGAGAGGUUUAGGUGUUAAAGACUUAGUUGCUCUCUCAGGCGGCCACACUCUUGGUUUUUCACAUUGCUCCUCUUUUGAAGCUCGGCUUCGCAACUUCAGUUCAGUUCAUGACAUUGAUCCAAGCAUAGCUGUUGAUUUUGCUGACAAUUUAAAGAAAAAAUGCCUGAAACCAAACAGGGAGCACAAUGCUGGACAGUUCUUGGACUCGACCUCAUCAACUUUUGAUAAUGAUUAUUACAAACAGGUCGUGAAGGGGAAAGGUGUGUUUGGGUCUGAUCAAGCACUGCUUGGUGAUUACAGGACUAAGUGGAUCGUUGAGGCUUUUGCAAGGGAUCAAGGCUUGUUCUUUAGGGAGUUUACGGCUUCAAUGGUCAAGAUUGGAAAUGUUCGGGUGAUUGACAAUGGUGAGGUGAGAGACAAAUGCCGCGUAGUGAAUUGAGAAAGAGGGAUAAAAAGCCUUUUGAGUUUGGAGAAAUGAGAGUGAAAAGUUUUCAAUUCUAAUUUUAUUUUUCUUUUUGGUGAUUGUGAACGAUCUAAUAUUGACCAUUUCAUGUGUUGUCCACAAAUUAAUUGCAUAUUCCUAUACAUUUUCUUUAUACUCUGUCA